AUGGCGGAGUCGGCCGCUUGUAGCGGAGACGAGUGUACGGUGCGCCCCACACGGUGCCUGGGAGAGGUUGUCAGCAGUGGGCGUGUCCGCGUGGUGUGCCGUAGUCCGCCGUGGUGUGGGCGUCGCCAGCUGUCCGGCGUGUCACGUCACGUCACGUCACGUCACUUCACGUCUCCGGCGCUGGCGGCCCCUCAGCCGCGGUCUCCUCAACAGAGCACCCAGCAGCAGCGGCGGUCCGAGCUGCGCGUCGAGCUGUGCUCCAGAGACCUCUGGCGGAGGUUCCACGCGCUCGGCACCGAGAUGAUCAUCACCAAGGCCGGCAGGCGCAUGUUCCCCACGGUGAAGGUGCGGCUCGGCGGGCUGGACCCCAGCGCCACCUACAUCGUCUUCCUGGACAUCGUGCCGCUGGACGACAAGCGCUACCGCUACGUCUACCACAGCUCUCAGUGGAUGGUGGCCGGCUCCGGGGACCCCCCGCUGGCGCACAACGUGUACGUGCACCCCGACUCGCCGGCCACCGGCCAGCUGUGGAUGGCGCAGGGCGUCGUCGCCUUCGACAAGCUCAAGCUCACCAACAACCGCCGGCCGCUCGUCCGAGGGCAGCCGAGCGCUGCCGAGCGUCCAGCUCGUGGUAGCGAACCUGCUGACCCUGCGAGGCGAGCUCCAGACCUCGCCAGGGCGGCAGUUCUGUUCCAGAAAGAGAGACGGGAGGCGGAGGCAGCUAACAAGAGCGGAGCGCUGGCUCACACGUCUGUUUCCUUGCACUCAAUGCAUAAAUACCUGCCAAGAGUGCACAUACUGGAGACGACAGACCUAGAGACUCCAGCAGAGCAGCAGGCAAGUGUGGAACGAGCCCUGACAUACACAUUCCCUGAGACAGCCUUCACAACAGUCACUGCAUAUCAAAACCAACAGAUCACACGUCUGAAGAUUGCAAGUAACCCUUUUGCUAAAGGAUUCCGGGAGGCAUCGAGAACACGGUACAUAGCUAACUUUCAUUUAAUCUGA